AUGCUGGGACUCCUCCCUGCGCUCCCCUGCCUGCUCCUCCUCUCCCUGCCGGGCUUCAGCUCUGGCUCCGAUGACGACGGCACCGUGGUGCUCACCACCAGUGGCCCCAUCCGGGGCAAGCGCCUCCCGGCCGGCUCCAGCACAGUGACGGCCUUCCUGGGCAUCCCCUAUGCCGAGCCCCCCGUGGGGACCUUGCGCUUCCAGAAACCGCUUCCCCACCAGGCCUGGAGCCAUGUCCUGGAGACCACCGGCUUCGGCAAUGUCUGCCUGCAGUCUCCGUUUACUGGUCACCCUGAGGCCAAAUUAUUCACACCCACAACGCUGCAGUCUGAGGACUGCCUCUUCCUCAAUGUCUGGGUGCCCCAUCCCCGGCCCCCUGCACCAGCCCCCAUCCUCAUCUGGAUCCAUGGCGGUGGGUUCUUCACAGGGGCAGCCUCCCUCGAGAUCUAUGAUGGGCGCUUUUUAGCUGCAACCGGGAAAAUGAUCGUGGCCUCCAUGAACUACCGCCUGGGGCCACUGGGCUUCCUGUCUCUGCCCCCGGCCGCCCCAGGGAAUGCUGGCCUGUGGGACCAGCGCCUGGCAUUGCGCUGGCUGCGGGACAAUGCAGCUGCCUUUGGAGGGGAUCCAGCCCAUAUGAUGCUUUCUGGGGCUGCGUCAGUUGGCUUCCACCUCCUCUCCCCGGGGAGCCGGCCCCUCUUCACCCGCGCCGUGCUGCAGAGUGGAUCCCCGACAGCACCCUGGGCUUGGAUUUCACUUGAGCAGGCCAAGGAGAGAGGCCAGAGGCUGGGCCAGCUGCUGGGCUGCACCGAUAGCGAUGACACCGCCCUGGUGGGCUGCCUGCAGCGGAAGAAACCUGGGGAGUUCCCCAAACACGAGUUCUCCGUCUUGCACCAAAGGGAGCUGCUGGGGUUUCCCUUUGUGCCAACAACAGAUGGGGAUUUUCUCCCUGAUUCACCAUCAAGACUCCUGCAGGCUAAGCAGAGCCAGCCUAUACCCAUCGCAGCUGGUUUCACUGCCAACGAAGGCUCCUACAUACUACUCAUUCGUGCCCCCACCUUAUACCUGGAGAACGCCAGCAACGUCGGUAUGGAGGAGCUGCUGCAGGUGUUGAAGCUGAUGGUGCCAGGGGCACCAGAAGAGGCCGUCCAGGCUGUGGCUCAGUGGUACAGCCAGGAGGGGGAGAAGCAGGGCGAGGCACAGUAUCGAUGGGCCAUGGAACAAAUCGUUGGUGACUAUGCCGUUGUGUGCCCAGUAGCCGAAGUGGCUAGGCAAGAAGCAGAGGCCGGCAAUCCCGUGUUUACCUACAGAUUCGACCAGCGCCCCAGUGGAUUGUCUACAGCAGAAUGGGCAGGGGUGCCACAUGGCUCUGAGCUCCCCUAUCAGUUCGGAACUCUGUGGUCCCUGGCAGGAGCCAACUCUACGCACACAGAGGCUGAGGAAGUGCUGAGCCGCACGGUGAUGAAGUGGAAUGGGGAGUUUGCCAGGACCGGGUAA